CACCAUUUUCUAAUUGAUUGCAGCAGACAAAGCAGAUUCCCUUCCGAAGCUCCAUUACUAUUAAACGCCGCCUGCCAGAUCCCAAACACUAAACUACGCCUACUCCACAUAUACUCCGCCAUGGAAUCCAAGUGCAAAGUGGCUUUGAUACUCGCCGGCGUUCUGCAUCUCAUCGCCGCCGUCAACGGCGACCGGUGGACUGAUUUCGACGCGGCGACCGCGCUCCGAGACGGAAUCUCCGCCGCCUGGACCGGCGAUCAGUUCUGGACCUGGCCGGGAAUCGUGUGCCAUCCAGACACCAAACGCAUCACCGAAAUCGUCCUCCGCGCCGGAGAUUCGUCGGACUCCGGCCAGAACCUCGCCUGGACCAGCGACUGGACGGAGCUCAUCUCCACCUCCAUUUGCCACCUCGAUCGCCUCACAACUCUUAUCAUCACCGACUGGAACUCCAUCUCCGGCGAACUUCCGGCGUGCCUCACUUCCCUCUCCCGCCUCAGAAUCCUCGACCUCUCCGGUAACAGAAUCUCCGGCGGUAUUCCGGCGGACAUUGGGAAGCUAGAGCAACUCAUACUGUUGGAUCUCUCGAAUAACGAACUCUCCGGCGCCAUACCUCCUUCCAUCGUGAACCUCCGUAAGCUCAAACUCCUUGACCUCAGCCGCAACGAAAUCGCCGGCGAAAUUCCGUUCGAUAUCGGAAAAUUAAAGAUGCUGAGCAGAGCAAUACUUAGUGAUAAUCAAAUCGGCGGCGAGAUACCUUCAUCGAUUGUCACUCUUUCCAGAACAGCCGACCUAGAUCUGUCCAACAAUCAAAUUUCCGGUGCGAUUCCUGCCAGAUUAGGAUCGAUGCCAGUUUUAUCAACGCUGAAUCUUCACUCCAAUCAACUUUCCGGCGAGAUUCCACACGAUUUGUUCAGCAACAGAGGCUUGAUCCAUUUGAAUGUCAGCAGGAACAAUCUGCAAGGAAGGCUCCCCAACAGCUUUUCUCCAGAAUGCUACUUCACUGUCCUCGAUUUAUCCUACAACAACUUAACAGGUGAAGUUCCAAAAUCUAUAGAAUCGGUUAACUUCAUUGGAACACUCGAUUUGAGCAACAACAACUUUAAAGCCUAGAUUGUAACCUAAUUUACACUUUCAUUGAUCUAUUCCUGUUAUACGAUUUACCAUACUUUCUGUUCCUUCAAUGUUGAUUUAGCAUAGUGA